GAACUCGCCGACCCGCGCGGAGCGGAGCGGAAAUGAGUUACAGUGGUUAAAUCUCACUUUAUUCACCGUGAAAUGGCGCUUCUGAGCCCGUACAGCAAAACACCCGAACUCAACACGGCCACCGUCCUGCUGGUUGAAAAUGAGGAGCAGUUUCAGUCCAGGCUGGCCGAUGCCAUAGUGCAGCGGGAAAAGGACAUCAACGUGAAUGUGCGGCUGGCUCGAAAGCUCCCUCUCCCUGUGGAAAACAGUGAGACUCGCCCUCGUAUUGACCUGGUGGUGUUCAUAGUCAACCUGCUGUCUGAGCGCAGUCUUCAAGCAGCGGAGAAUUCUGUGAGUCAUUUAGGCUCAGACUACUUCCUGGGAAAGCUGUGCUUUGUGGUUACUGAUGCUCGUUGUGGUGCUGUAGCUCAGGAGCGUCUGCUGAGUGUGAGGAGGCUGGCUGCGUCUCACCGCUGCCCUGUGAUCUGCGCUGAACACCAGACAGAAGAUGGCGUUACCAUGACAGCGAUGAGGGUCCUCACCAUCUUGAAAGUGUCGGCUGGUUUAUCUCCUGUGGAAACCACCGCUCUCUACCUGUCCACCUUUACCCGAUGCACUGUCCCCUCUGACUUCGAGGAGGACUGACAUCAGGCUUCUGACCUUAUCCCUUCUACGCUGUUUAGUGUUUCCUUUGGGGGCCACGUGGCGUCAGCUGAACUCUGGGUCAAAUAUCUGAAUGUAAAGACUGUUUUUAAACUCCAUCAAUUUGGUCGUACAAAAUUCCGUAAAUGUGACUGAUAAAACCAAAAGAAAUCAGUGGAAUCCAGACACGUAGAUGAGUUUAAAGCAGUGAACAGAGGGAUUAAUCAGACGCUAUUGCAGAAGUCGUAUAGGGUAGUUUGUGUAUCUUACUGACUGUGUUAGUGGCUGUAGUUGGUGCUCAUUGUUGUUCUCAGAUCACAACUCCUUAUUUUAUUAUUUGUGUUACCGUCAUCAUUAAAGGAAUAGUUAGAGGAAAUCCCCAAUCCCCCCUCCCCGCCACUCCGAAUGUAGUUGAUCAGUCAAGACAAGACGUGUUUCGUAUAUCUGGAGUUGUUUUCUUUAGUUUUGCUCUGGAGUCACGAGGCUGAUAUGGCUGACACAUAACAGAAGCUGUUGCUGUGUUGAUUUUGACUUGAAAUAAGGAGUCUACAUGUUCCAGCUGCAAAGUGGGGGAAAAACAUGAAAUGAAAACGGGUAUUGUUAGCAACAUGCUAACCAGCUAACAGUGAUAUUUUUCAUGUUGAUGCUGAAUUUGGUGUCUCAUAAUCUAACUUUAUGUUUAGUGUCAUAGUUUAACCAACUACUGUGUUUGUAUGUAGAACAAACAUCAUUUAAAAUUAGAGAAGUGAUUAUUUCUGUGUGCAAAAAAAGAAGCAAACUUCUGACACCAGAUGUGUCUCAACUGAUCCGACUACAUUUGGGGUUGGGUGUGGAGAAGGGGUUGUGUAUUUUGUCAAACUAUUGCUUUAAGGAAAAGAAGUUGGUGGAAUCGGGUGGUGCUGUGCAGUAAUGAGUACCUGAACCCUCAUGUUGUUCAUUGAUCAGAAAGAAACACACCUUUAUCUGUUAAUCUUACUCAUUCAUUCAUUCAUGUCAUGCUCCAACACCCCUCUGUCCAUUAUGUACAUAAUGUAAAUAUGUGUAGUUGCAUUAAUAUGUUCAUUAAAGUCAGCACCAUG